AUGAUAAAGGAAACAAGAGUUACAUAUGUAAUUUUUGUCAAAAUUUGGCGUGGUGGUGGCAUAAGCAGAGCUAAGAAACAUCUUGUCGGUGUUAUUGGUGACAUAUCACCUUGUACUAAAGUAUCUCCAGAAGUCCGUUUCUUAAUGCAAGGUCUUUUGAAAGAAACGACACAAAGGGAAAAACGUAAAGCUAGUGGUGAUGGCAUAAACACUGUUACUAUCUCGGAUGACGAUGAAGAAACGAAAGAAACACAAAAUCGAAAUGUCAAAGCACGACCUAAUAAAGAAGGAAAACGGAAAGGUACAUCAAGUUUUCAUCUUUUCUUCAUAAAAGGUAUAAAUGAUCCUUCUCAACCCACUAUUAAAUCUACCAUGCAAACUAAGCAAAAAAUACAUGAUGUCGAUUUAGCAAUUGCGAUGUGGUUCUAUGAUGCAUGUGUACCUAUGAAUGCUUGUAACUCUCCUUAUUUUCAACAUAUGGUAGAUAAAAUAGCGGGUAUUGGUCAUGGGUACAAAGCACCUAAUUAUCAUGCUUUGAGGGUCAAUUUAUUGUCAGAUGCAAAGAAGCCUGUUACAAUGUUAAUUGAUUCAUAUAGAAGUCAAUGGAUUGAAAGUGGUUGCACAAUCAUGAGUGAUGGGUGGAGGGAUACUAGGCAACGCCAUUUGAUUGAUUUUUUGGUUUAUUGUCCGAAAGGAAUAUCAUUUCUUAAAUCUGUUGAUGCAUCUGAUAUAGAGAGUAAUGCUUCAAAUUUGUGUAAUUUGUUUGUUGAGAUUGUUGAAAUGGUAGGACACAAGAAUGUGGUUCAAAUUGUUACUGAUAAUGCUGCCAAUUACAAACUUGCUGGUAGUAACCUAUGUGAAAGAUAUCCUUCUAUUACUUGGUCUCCAUGUGAAUCACAUUCUCUUAAUCUUAUAUUAAAGGAUGUUUCGGAAUUACACAAUGUAAAAAGUUUGGUCACUCUUGCAUCCAGGGUUACUGUUUUUAUUUACAAUCAUAAGUGGCCCUUGAAUUGA